AUUCUGCAGUAUUUCUUCGUUGUUGUUCUUUUUCGACUCCUUCAUCGCUCCUUCGUUGAUGUUCCCUACCUGUUGGAUUGGAAAUUACGACAUUUGAUCGAAAGCAUCGACAAGAGCUCGCUCGCUGUGAAGGAUUUAGAUUCGGUUUUGCAUUUUUGGCCGCCGUUUGGCUGGAUUUAGCUGAAAUCCGCCUAAAUCCUGCAUCCAAACUGCCCCCUCAAUGUCGAGCAGAAGGAAGCUCUAUACCAGAGCGAUUGAAAUCCUCCGCAGACAACUCCGACCUCUCCCUCGCAUUCUUCACGAGCUCCGCCCCACCCCGCCGCCAUGUAGGGUUUCCUUGCUGCGCUCCCUAUUGAUCGACGAUUCGCAGUGUUUCCACCGUCUCUUCCCUUUCUCGCGAUGUACAGUUAGGUUAUGGUCUCCCUACUCGACUUGGUCGGGUAAUGGAGUGGCCUGCGCUUGCUGGAACUGUAGUGAGCAGUCGCCGGCGGUGGGGCCGUUCCUCUCUUGCGGAUCCUGCGGAGCGGUACAGCCGGUUGAUUUGUCUGUCGACUAUUUCCAGAUCUUUGGGCUGGAACAAGGAUUUGACCUCAAGGAUGACAAUCUAGAAGGGAAAUAUAAAGAAUGGCAGAAGAAGCUGCAUCCUGAUCUAGUUCAUUCAAAAUCAGAAAAAGAGAAAACUUAUGCUGUUGAGCAGUCGGCUCGCGUGAUUGAUGCUUACCGCACACUAAGCAAACCUUUAUCAAGGGCGUUAUAUUUGUUGCAACUUGCUGGCAUAUUUGUUGAUGAGGAAAAAACUGUAAUGGAUCCAGAGCUGCUUUCUGAGAUGAUGGAUGUUCGAGAAGCUGUUGAAGAAGCAAGUGAUCCUAAGGCGUUAAUGGAGAUACAACAUCAGAUACAGAGGAAGCUUAAGGAUUGGUCAAAUUCCUUUAGGGAAGCUUUCAACAAACGAGACUUUGAUUGUGCAAUCAGUGCAACUCAGAAGAUGAGAUAUUAUGAACGUGCGAUUGAAGAGAUAGUGAAGAAGCUUUGAUUACAGAAACUAUGUUGGUUUGCAACUUGCUGGCAUUUUUUUUAUGAGGACAAAACUGUAAUGGAUCCAGAGUUUCUUUCUGAGGUUAACUUUUAAAGACUUCUU